UUUUUCGUGACGGGGAUGGCCCUCGGUGAGUCAGAUCGACAACAUCAGCCUGCGAGACUUGCUGGUUACUGGAAACCAAAGCUGCUUUACGACUUCCCAAACCGUAUCAACGACCCACCUGAUGAGUCUGUAGCCGAUUUCUGCUUUCCGAGGGGUGUGCCUUUAACGAUGUGUACUCCUGAACAAGCGAAAUCAGUUUUCGGUGUGGCUGUGUCACAGUGGUUCACUGACAUUGACCCACUUCAAAAGUACAUCAAAGAAUCUCCAGAGACAACCGGCUACACCUUCCGUCUUACCGGUGCAAAAGGCGAAGUGCUAUACGGCUUUUGUGUUGCAGUUAUGAGGGAAGUUACAACUGGUGUAUCAUCAGAGACCAGUCCAACAAAGAGCCCUCGUGGAAGCUGGGCGUCGAGCUGGUUUGGUGGUUACUCCUCACCUGCUAGCAAAGAAAGCCGUGCGAACUUGACGGCCAAGAUGGCUCCGAUGUGCUAUUGCUUCACAAGCAAAUUUCCCUUUUAUCGCUUCCACUUUGCGGUAAGAAUCAUUGACUAUGUGGUUAUUUCUGACGAUAAGCUACUAACACGGGACAUGCAGGUACUACGAAUGAUCAUUGAAAACGAGUUAGAGCAGCACAGACUAUUAUCAACUGCAUCUAUGGAUGAAUCAGGGAGCGAAGCUACAGAGGACGAGCGAUUUGAGAUCAUUUUGAGACCACUGCUCGAUCUUGCGAUAGAAUUCACGAUCUUUCACGAAGAAAACCCUGCUGUGCGAGAUCAAACCACUGAGUCGGGAGAACAGAGCACUAUGAAUUCUAUUGCGACAAAGCUGAGCAUUUCGCCAGUGGAACGACGUGCUGUUCUGAGUGAAGAUGCUAGUGUUAUCACCAGCAAAGGAGAAGAUAUCCAACCCAGCACUGAACCGAGAAGACGUCCGAGUAAACUUCGGAAAAGCUUAAGCACGGAUGAUAUCGACAACUACAAAUUAGCCAACACGUUGAUAACGGACAAACCUAUGGUAAAGAGUAUUGACUCCAGUCAGCCUAGGGAAUACGAGCGCAUAAAAGUCGGAGAUAUCCUCGAAGCAGUCGAUAGCAUUGCAACAGCGUCCAUGAGUUUUGAACAAACACUGACAUUGCUAGAGAAAGGGAAUCGUCCAAUGCGCCUCCGCUUCCGUAGACCUGCCUCAUCAGCACAAGCAUCUCCAACAGCUACUAAGCGAUCAAAGCAUCGGCGGUGCUUGUCACCCUCUUCCGUCGAUAUUUUUCAUCGAGCUCGACGAAUCAAGAUAAACGAUCCGGGACACUGGUCUACGGCUCGGUUCCCGACUUUCGAUUUCAGCUACCAGUUCCCGAAACGCCAUUCCGAUCGAUGGUCUGUUGGGGUUGUGCUACGCUUUUUGACGCCAGACAAGGUAGUCGAGAUAUUGGCUUACUUGCUGCUUGAGAAGCAGGUUGUCAUUAUGAGUGACAGCCCAGCCAAGAUCUCGGCCGUGUGUACGGCACUUCUGCUUUUACUCGCUCCAUUCCAGUGGCAGUCGACGUAUAUCCCGCUGUUGCCUUCAGGGCUGUUAGAUUUCUUGCAUUCACCUGUGCCGUUCCUCGUGGGCUGCCAUUCGCUGAGUGAAACAUCCGAGUGGGCCGAUGUUUGCUUCUACGAUAUCGACAAAGAUCGUAUUGCUGUACCUGCUGCGACGAGGCACUUAGGUCCAUCUUCAAUUCCCAACGGCGUAGAGAUUUGUCGCUUGCUACGGAAAGCUAGAGAGCGCUUCCGUGCACUACGUCCCACUGGCAAACCGUGGUAUGAACUAUCCGAGGAGCAAGACACGAUCAUCACUUUGACAAUGCAGGAAGCAGAGAUUUUUCUGCGCGAUAUGGGCUUCGACAUUUCUUCUCAAGACCUGGCAGCGUCGAUCUCGGGUAGGCAAUUCUAUUUGAAUUGUGUUUUAAGGGAAUAUUGUGGUUGACUAUGGUGCAUUUGUUAUCACUGUUUAGGGGGUCAGAGUUUCUACGACCGCUUGCAAGAAGAGGUAGCCAAGGAAGUGCGGAACAGUGUCUACGAGGACUAUUUGGACGAGUUUACGCAGACGCAGAUGUUCUGUCAGUACUACGAAAGUCUCUUACAACCAGAAGCGCAAAACGUGCAAAAGUAAUUGGAGACAACUUUAAUAAACCUGUUGAAAAACGUGGGAAGUAUGAUC